AUGUCUAUUGAUACAUCGAUUAAGAAAACGCAGAUAUUUAAACAUCUCAAUUUCUUAAUAGUGGCGACAAAUUCAGAUGAAUCAAAGGAAGCAGAAGAACUACGAAAACAACUAUAUGAGAAUGAUUGCUUACAUUGUGAAAUUUACCACGCAUACAAACUGGAAUAUAAGAUUCCACAGCAUAUAAAUGUUAAAAAAUGGCUUAUAAGGCAGGACUUUAACAAGCAUGAGGUUCAUAUUGUCGUUUCCAAGACAUCUAACUUUGAGUUAUAUCCCUUAUUUGAAUACGAGUUACUCAUUCCCGUAGUUACACCCGACUGGAUCCAACUGUGUAUACAGUCCAACAGACAUUUGAGAACGUCAAAUUUUUCUCCUAAUCCUAGGCUGGUAUUCAAAAACUUUCAAAUGCUUGUGUCAAAAAAUGUUUUCAAUCAUUCAGAAUACUUCCUAUUUUCAGAGAUUAUCCAUUGUUUAGGUGGAACAACUGUUGAUUAUAUUACGAAAGCUACUACGCAUAUUAUCACGACUAGCCCUAAAGAUCCUGCUAUAAUAGCGAUGGAGAAAUAUAAAAGCUCAAGGGCUGAGCCAUCACAAGAAGCAAAUAUCCAAUACGUAUUGCCCACUUGGUUAUGCCAAGUAUAUAUGGAAAGGCACUUGGUAUCAAUCAAGGAGCAUUUAAUUGACCACAGACGGUCUGAAAUGGAGACUAGAGAGCAAUUGAAUGAAUUAUGGGAUGACAUACAUAAUUUUGAGGAGCUAUUUGAUGGUAAACGAGAUAAGAUUUUUAUGGGGAAAUCAUUUGAAAUAGGAGAUGAUAUCGAUCUAAAUAGAAAGUCUUAUAGAUAUUUCUGUGAUAUGAUCAAAAGUCUGGGAGGUCAAAUAAUUCUCAGCGAAGAAGAGAAGAAUGCAGAAGCUGAAGAUAGUGGCACUGGGCAAAGUCGCACAUCAGCUGAUUUCAUAAUAAGAAACACUAUUAGCGAUAGCGAUGCUGGUGCCAAUAAAAGAACUUUAUUUGGAAAUAUUUUCUGGAUUGUAAAUAUUUGGAACAGGGAGAAGUUUUUUUUACCAGACACCAAUGCUAUAUGCUUGCCUAGAAGAAGAAGAAAGCUAUUUAGAAAACAAGAUCUAGCCGUGACAUAUACCAACUAUUUUGGAGAACAGAGGACAUACCUCCAACAAUUAAUUGAGCUACUUGGAGGCUCUGCAACAAUGGAACUGUCGAAGCAAAAUACACAUUUGAUUUGUAAUUUACCAUUCGGUAAAAAAUAUGAAGUUGCUAUGAAAUGGAAAGAAAGUGGAUCAAAAAUAGUAAUAUGUUCUCACAGAUGGUUAGAAGAGUGUUAUAUAUCAGGUAAGAAGGUACCAGUUGAUGAAGCUUAUACACGGUUGGAAAGAGACGAUAACACCUACUCGUUGACACUUGGACAACAAUUAUCUCCUAAGCUUGAUUCUGAAAAUUCUUCAGAUGAAGAGACUGAUAUAGAAGAAAGUCAAGUAUUUGCUUUGGAGUACCUUAAAACUUCACAAUCUAGGGCCCAUGACCUCACAGGCCUUGAUGACAUUAGUCAUCUGGAAUCAUCAAUAAGGAAAAAAAAAUAUGGCAAAUCAAAUGCUAAUGAGAACGCUUCCAUUUCUAGGACGCCUUCUGCCUCCAUCUCUAACGACUCUUCUAGAGAUGAUGAAGCGUACGAAACGGCACCAACCAAUUUUCUCACCUCUACGGAGUUAAAUAAAAGCGCUAAGUUAGAUAAGCAACUUUUGAUAACUAGUACUGUGGAUCCUUCUAAUCUAAGGUUAAAAGAUACAGAUUAUGCUGGUUCAGCGCUUUGUUUGGAUGAGGACAAACAUGAAUCUAAUAAAACGGAUGCUAAGCUCAAUAUUGAAGGCCAUGUAGCGCUGAAAAACGGAGCAAAACGAACAUCAGAUGUUAGUUCGACAAAUAAAGUCUCUGCAGGGAAUUCCGACAAGAAUGAAAAGUUAAGCUAUAAUAAAACUGAUGAAUAUAGUAGUAUCAGGGAAAGCGAAAGCUCAUAUAAACAACUAGAGAACAUGCAUAAUAAAUCUAGUAAUGGUAUGGUAUCGACUAACCAGUCAUCGCCAAACAAUACCCAAUUGAACACUGAUGAAAAUUUGACGACUAAUAACUCAGAUAAUCAUAAGGGAAACAUAAUUGUGCAAAAGAAUACAGAAGAUAAUGGAGGUAUGCAAGAAGACUCCACUAGCACUACCAUGACAGAUAAAUCAGCAUUACAAGAUGAGAUGAUGGAUAAUGAGCACGAUGUGCACAAAGAAACCAUGGAUUUGAUACAAGAAUUAUCUGGUGGUAGGAAGGCCAAAACAAAAGCAGCUAGGCGGUUACAUGAGGAUAUUGAGUCCCUGAAUGAGCAUGAAAAGAAUAGUGGUAAAAGAAGAAAGGUUCGAGAUAAAAAUGGAUCAUUGCUAUUACCAGAAGAGAUAAAGCAACUUCAAGAGCAAGAAAUAUUGAUACAGCAAGCCAAAAAGACUCUGUUUGCAAACCCAUAUACAUGUAACAGUAGCAAUCAGACAAUAUCAUUGAAUAUAGGGCUAAAUGCAAUUUGUACAGGAUUUUCUUUAGAAGAUCUUACUGACAUCGAAAAAGAGAUCUUAAGAUUAGUAGGAAUCAAAUUGCAACACGAUAAUGUCGAUCAGCAUAUAUUUGAGGAGCAGAGAGGUCAAAGAGGGCACAAUAGAAUUAAUACAAUUUUUGCACCAAAACGGUUAAGGACAGUUAAAUUUUUAAAGUCUUUGAGUCUUUCAAGCAUUAGAUAUUUUCUAACGCCUGAUUAUAUUACUGCACUAUUACUCGAUAUAAAGAGUGGGAAAGACGUUUCAAAAUAUCGUUCUCCUAGUAAUAGUUUUCGAAUUGACUCAAUCGAUGAUGAGUUGAUCGAAAAAAUGCAAAAGGUAUCCGGUAAAUUAUUUUUCAAGUCCAAGAUCAAGAAUGUAAACAUUAUGCAUGACUUGAAAGCAAGUCCCAAGGUUGUAGGUGAGAUAUUGAAAUGUCACGGUGUAGAUUCAUUUACAAUACUAAAGAAGCAAUAUGUAUUGACAGAUAUAGCGAGGAACACCAGAGUGAGUACUGAUAAUACUGUUGAUUACAUCUUGAUAGCUUCGAGCAAAAACCAGGUGACAAAGUUCAAAAAGCUGAUUCAACAAGAAACCAAUUCCGAAAAUGUAUCAGUUUUGGUAGUGAAUUGGGAUUGGUGUGUAGACUGUAUAUUCAAUGCUGAAGUGAAUUUGGAAGAUAAAGCCAACAUCUUUUUCAAUAAAAGGAUUUAG